GCUGUCACGUGAGCGGCGGUAGGCGGAAGUGAAGGAGCUUCCGCCAUGCAGCGGCAGGACAGCAGUGAUGACAUUGAGGAUGUGUCUCUCUUUGAUGCAGAUGAUGAUUUAUCCAGAAGAUCAAAGAAGUCAAAAAUAAGGCACCCAAUUGCAUCAUUUUUCCACUUAUUCUUCCGGGUCAGUGCCAUAGUUGUGUAUCUGCUCUGUGAGCUCCUAACCAGCAGCUUUAUUGCCUGCAUGGUGACAAUUAUCCUCCUCCUGUCCUGUGACUUUUGGGCUGUAAAGAAUGUCACAGGGAGGCUGCUGGUUGGGCUUCGCUGGUGGAACCAGGUGGAUGAUGAUGGGAGGAGUCACUGGGUAUUUGAGGCCAGGAAGGUGUCAGCACAAGGCAAGAAAACCUCCUCAGAAGCAGAGUCCCGAAUUUUCUGGCUGGGUCUCAUUACCUGCCCGAUGAUCUGGGUCAUCUUUGCUUUCAGUGCUCUCUUUUCUUUCAAAGUGAAAUGGUUGGCAGUGGUUGGGAUGGGAGUGGUGCUGCAGGGAGCCAACCUCUAUGGCUAUGUCAGGUGUAAAGUUGGCAGCAGAAAGAACUUGACCAGCAUGGCCACCAGCUACCUGGGGAAGCAGCUCCUCAGGCAGACUGUGGCUAAAGAGGACCAGGCAGCAUCCUGAGUGUGGUGGAAGCCUCAGGCCAGGCUGGAUUCACAGGGGUGGAUGACAGAAUGUUUCUUUGACCAUGAGAUUUGGGAGCUGCACAUGGGAGGUGGGAGUUAAGAGAAGUAAAUAAAUUGUGAGAGGCUUCAGGCUGACACUCCUAGCAACUCCUAUUCCAUUUUCCACUAGCAGUUUGUGUUUAAGUCCAUUCUUUUGUUUGAUUAUUUAGAAUUAAUUUGCCUAAACUUUACAUUAAAACUCAUCCUAGGUGGCUCUCAUACAAGCUUAGAACUACUGGGUGAAUUAAGGUAAGAUUGCUGGACAUCCUUAAGAAAAAACCCAUGCCCAAGCUGAGCCUGCUGUUACCCAAGAGCUCCCCCAGCUUCCCCAGCAGUUGGUGCUUCACAGUUUGUGUGGACAUCACUGAGUUUUGUCCUUGGAGGUCCUUGCUGCCUCUGGGCAGAAGUUCAGGAGUUCUCUUCUGGCUUCCUUCAUUCUCCUGUGCUGUGAAGUGCCCUGAGGUGGCUGCAGGGAGGGACACCUGAAGGAGGUGUUGCUGUUGGCUUAGUGGAUAAAUUCCUGAAGUCUCAGAACCUGCAGAAAGGGACAUCCAAGCAGCUCUGGUCUUUUAUUUAUCUGAAGCAUCCUUGGAGGUCUCAGUGACACCUCAGACCCUGGGAUUUGCAGGGAGCCCAACUUCUCCCUGGGCCUGCAGCUCUAUGGGGAGCAGAGGAGUAAAACCAAGGCUGCAGAGCAGAGCAGAGCAGGUGCCUCCCUGAGGUGUAGGAAUGGGACCAGCAGGGUUUUCCCUUGAAUCCAGGCAGUGUGCUGUCCUAAAGCUCUGCCCCCAGGGAGCCCCCGGGCUGGACCAAAAGCCUUUUGUAGGAUGCUGAGGUGUCCCCUUGGUGUGUUUGGUGUGAAAGGUGUGUGGCAGGGGUCACCCCUCCUUGCCAGCUAACCUGGGGGCAGAUGGUGCUUUCCUAGCAGCAGGUGCUGUAAGCUUGGGCUGAGGAAUGUUAAAUGAAGAAUGUGUUUUGGUUUUUUUUUUUUUUUCCUGAAUUCUGGGUAUUUGUAAUUUGUGAGAUGGUGUGAACACAGAUUUUCUCUCCCUGUACUCUGGCAAUACUUGGGAGCUGUACAUUUGUUUAACUCUUUGGAUCAAUACCUUCCUUUUGUAAAUAUGUAUUUAUAGAAUCUUGUAAUUAAAACAACAGCUUUGUUUACCCAG